GUUGUUGGGGGAGCAUGGCGUCCGAAGGAGAUAUUGACACGGCUGCAUCAGCUUCUGGUACUACCGAGGAUCCCGACUCUGGCGAAGUGAUUGGUUCUGCCGCUCUGCGUCCCGUCUUCUUGGGGAAUUUGGUCCCGAAUUACAGUACGGAUGAAGUGACGACGCUCUUCGAACGGCCCAUGCUGCCAGCCGCUGCUGCGGAAGGCGCGUAUCGCCCCAUUCCCGUGGAUCGGAUCGAUCUCAAGCGGGGGUACUGCUUUGUCUUUCUCAAGGAUGCUGCUACGCAAGCGGACAAGGAACAGGCCGAGCGAUUUGUGUCCGACAUCAACGGCAUGCAAAUCGCCAACGUCUCCAACUCUCUCCGUGCCGAGUUUGCUCGUGGCGAUGGUCGGGUCAAACGCAAGGAAGACGAACGGCGCAAGAACAUUGCGCCCUCCGAAACUCUCUUUGUCGUUAACUUUCACGAGGAAACCACCAAAAAGGAAGACUUGCAAAUGCUGUUCGAGCCGUUCGGGGAACUCGUGCGCAUUGAUUUGAAACGCAAUUACGCCUUUGUGCAAUUCAAAACUAUUGCCGAAGCGACCAAGGCCAAGGAAACGACCAACGGAGGCAAGUUGGAUCAGUCCGUGUUGACGGUAGAGUACGUGGCUCGCGAACGCAACAUGAACGGUGGGGGCGGCGGCGGUAUGGAUCGCCGCGAUCGGGAUCGUCGGGGACGCGACUACCGUGAUCGCUACGAUGACCGUCGGGGUCCUCCCAACCGGGGCAUGCCCCCGCCUCCCUACAUGGACGAUCGACGCGGCGGUUACGACCGUCGCGGAGAUCGAUACGAUCGUCCCGGAUACGAUCGGAUCGACGACCGAUACCGACGGGAGCGUAGUCCCCCCGGCUAUCGGGGACGCCCGCGGUCCCGCUCGCGCAGUCCACCCCGACACUACCGUUCGCGCAGUCCACCGCUGCGCUACGACGAGCGCUACGACGAUCACCGCCGCCGUCCCCCGAGCCCGCCCCCCGCGGCGGAUUACCGAGACCGCCGUGGUGGGGCUCCGAGUCCGGAUCGGGAUUAUCGUGGGGACCGUGACCGUGGCUACCGCUCGUAAACAAGUCGGACCAGUGCC